GUAUUGCUAUCCAUACACAUAGUAGUCUGGAGUAGAACAGGGGUGUGUGUGCUUUCUGUUGGCUCGUGAGCGCGUGCGUCAGCCUCCAGUGCAGCACAUGUUCGAAGCCCCGUUUUAGUGGCGCUCAGAAGAAACAAGCGCACAUUCAACAGGUUCACCGAGACCCAGCGGAUCCUCUCCUGACACGGUUAUUCAUCAUUAAAGGGGGGAAAAAAUCUCCUAAACCUGUUUAAAUGGACAAUUUGUUAAGUUGCUCACCGGAUGCACAAUUUAAAAACUUUGUAAAAACGUUAUAGUUUGUUUUUGCGCGCUGGUUCUUUGUCCGUCUUGCGCUUUUUUUUAUUUGAAAUCAUGGCUUUUAAAUGCACCGCUUUGGCGCACCUGCUGCUCUUUUCGAUCAUAUGCGUCCUUGCACACGAAGUGUCUGACUUUGUGUUGGAUGUCCUACCUGAUGAAGUCAGUGACAGCACGGAAACGGACAGAGUUUUGCAGCAUAUGUUCAAACUCUACGAGAAAUACAACAGAGAACCGCACUGGCCAGCAAAUACCAACACUGUGAGAAGUUUUAAAGCCAAACCUGAAAGCUUGGAGCAGCGAGUUUUGUAUCACCUAAAUCUAACACUGCUUCAAGAUUCUGAGGCUGUUCUCACCGCUACACUUCAUUUCUUUUUUGACAAACGGCCACGCCAGAGGUCCUGGUUCUGCAAGCGCUUCCGCAGUCCUUCCUGUCGCAUCCAGAACCUUUACUACUUGCCCUCGUUUCAUCUUAUAUUCCGAAGUUCUUCCUCCAAUUCACCUUUGGGCUCAUUGCUUGGAAACAUCACUUUUUACCCACACAGUAGAGGGAUAUGGCAAAUCAAGGAUGUGUCUCAAAUUAUAAAUGAAGCAAGACUCAGGAAACAGGCCGCGAUAACGCUGGAGUUUGACUAUGGUAAAAAAUACCAGCGGUAUCAGGACCGCUUGUCAGCCUUUAGUCUGCCAUAUAUGCUGGUGUAUGCCAAUGACCAAGCCAUAUCAGAGCCCAACAGUGUGGCCAUGAGCUUACAGAGAUACGAUCCAUUCCAUGUAGAUGAGAAACCCACUCAGUCUUCAAACACUUCACCUGAUAUGCGGGUUAAAAGGGACUUGUAUUUUCCUGACCCCAUCCAGAACAAUGAACUUCCUGAGGUGGAGUAUAACAGCUUCAAGGAGCACGAUAAGUGGGAAAGCACUUAUCUAGCACUGAAGCUAAAGCCUUCUAAAAAGGAACAGAAAAAGAAAGACCAAGGGCAUGUUGAUGGACUGAAUAAGUUACAGGUUCUCAGCUUUGAUGAGAAAACCAUGAAGAAAGCACGGAGGAGACAGUGGAGAGAGCCUCGAGUAUGUUCCAGGAGGUACCUGAAGGUGGAUUUUGCAGAUAUUGGCUGGAGUGAAUGGAUCUUGUCCCCUAAAUCCUUUGAUGCCUACUACUGCGCAGGAACGUGCGAAUUUCCCAUACCUAAGGUCGUUCGCCCUUCCAACCAUGCAACCAUUCAAAGUAUAGUGAAGAAGGUUGGUAUCAUUCCAGGUAUCCCAGAGCCCUGCUGUGUACCUGAGAAAAUGAACCCUCUCAGCGUCCUCUUUCUGGACGAAGGCAAAAACAUUGUAUUAAAGAACUACCCCGACAUGUCAGUGGAGACAUGUUCCUGUCGAUAGACUCAGUGGUCAAUGGAAUAACCACAAAUGUGGAGACAUGGUCAUGUGUUGUGGUGACAACACCAAAAUGAAAUGUGAAGAGGCAUAUUGUCUGGAGUUGCCACAUACUGUACAGUGCACACUGCAAAAUUACGUUGCCAAGGGCUUUACACCCUCUGUGUAUUCUUUCCAACUUACAGUUUUUCUUAUCAUGAGGAUUUCUAUCAACUGUGUCUCUGAGAAAACAUUCUGGUUCACUAGUUAUUGCAUUGCUGCUUUUUGUAUGAAAUCGAGUCAUUAAUUUUCAUGGCAAAUGAUCACAAAGAGCAAAGAUUUUGUCAGAAUACUAUGUAGAGAUAUCCAGGUGGAACAGAGUUUAUUUAAAUUAUGCUUGGAAUAAAAACGUCCAUAGGAAACAUAGGAAACAGUGUCGUGCUUCUAUCGGGCAACAAGACCAAACACCAGGUAGUCGAAAUGCUUGCCAUUUAAGUUACUUUAAAUAGAAUAUAAACAUAUACUGCCUUCUGAACUGAGUUUUCAUGUCAAUAUGUAUCACAUAACAUCAGCAGACACUCCACAGCCGGAGAUUCAGUUUUAAAACUAAUAAUGAGGCUUUGAAACCAGGCUUCGGUUUCAAGACUGUUAAGCAUUGAGCUAACAAUAAGCCACUCAUAUUUAAAAGUUUUCCUUGGAAUAUUUCCAAGUGGUUGUAUGUCAGAGGUAGACUACUCACCAAGGUCACCAAUGUGUUAAAUCAUCCUCAGACAGCUUGUAUUACCUUUAGAGACGUAAUCCAAGAGUUCAGAGAUGCUAUAGGGGAUUAUGAUUAUGAAUGGGAAUGUAUUAUCUCCUUAUCCAUGUCUACAUAACAGUAUUUAAUAACUGAUCUAAGUGUGAAAUAUUUGGAGUGAAUGUGUUUGCAUACAAAAUAUGUAAGGUCAAUGUUUCAGUAUAUGUUAGAAAGUGUAUU